AUGAGUUACAACCAAGGCUGUAUGACUCCAACUACGGGAGCUGCUCACAGCACUUUCCUUUCUGCAGCCCAAUUUGUGAUGGCAGCGCAGUGUCUCAUUCAAACCAAAGACUGGCCUGAAGAUGCUGAGUUACAUGAAUCCGAAGAAUUUGAUUUCAUCAUUGUUGGUGCUGGUACAGCUGGCAGUAUCUUGGCCAACAGGCUAACAGAAAUUGAAGACUGGAAUGUACUUCUUCUAGAAGCUGGAGGGGAUCCUCCGAUUGAAAGUGAUAUACCGGGUUUGACUGAGAGUUUAUACGGCUCGAAGUUUGACUGGAAAUAUACAACAGUGAAUAAUGGUCUAACUAGUCAAGCCAAUAAGGAUGGAAAUAUUAAAUGGCCCCGAGGUAAAAUGUUAGGAGGCAGUAGUAGUAUAAACGUGAUGGCUCAUGUUAAAGGCCACCCUAGAGAUUAUCAAUCCUGGUAUGAUGAAGGAAAUGAAGAAUGGCAUCCAGAUAUAGUCAAACAAUAUGAACAGAAAGCUGAAAGUUUACAAGAUCCUAUUUUACUGAGAAAUCCUGCAAUUCAAAAUGAAUAUGGUCACGAUGGUCCUCUAUUUAUAAAUACUUACAAUGUAACCAAUACUACGCUUUUGGACAACAUGCUUUCUGCUUUUGAUGAAAUCGGAAUAAAACCAGUAGAAGACCUAAAUACAGUUAAAAAUAUGGGCGCUGGAAGAUUUAGGGUCACUGCAACUGAUGGAAAAAGAAUAAGUUCUGCAACAGCAUAUCUUAACCCUGUACGUAGUAGAAAAAAUUUGAAGGUUGCAAAAAACUCUCAUGUCACUAAAAUAUUAUUCGAUGGACCGACUGCGAUUGGAAUAGAAAUGGAUAGGAACGGCCAUAAAUAUACACUGAAAGCAAAACUUGAAGUUAUAAUAAGCGCAGGUACUAUCAACACACCCCAAAUACUCAUGUUGUCUGGUAUAGGCCCCAAAAAGCAUCUUGAAGAGAAAAACAUUUCAACAGUGCUAGACUCGCCUAUGGUGGGGCAGAAUCUGCAUGAUCACACUAAUAUUCCUACUUUAAUAUUUGCUGAUGAACCCGAAGUGAUGGACAAAGCCACUAAAGAUUAUGAGUCGGUAAGAUAUUUAUAUGACCGAAAAGGAUAUUUAGCAUAUCACUCUUACCAAGACUUAACCGCAUUUUAUUCUGCUGAUCCCAAUUCAACGUAUCCAGACUUUCAAGCCCUCCUUUUGUUUCAUUAUAAACAUGAUGAAAGUAUAAAAUCAUUUGCUUCAGAAUAUGUGAAAUCAGUAGAAAAUUCAGUGUUGAAACUAGGUGAAAAUAGAGCGAUGUUUCAAGUCCGAAUAAGUUUUUUGCGUCCUCAUUCUAGAGGAAAUAUAUCAUUAAAUUCUGAUAAUCCAUAUGAUUAUCCCCUGAUAUACUAUAAUAACUUUAGUGAUGAAAGAGAUUUAGAUGCAACAGUAACAGGAAUUAAAAUGUUCCUUAAAAUCGUGGAUACGAAGUUUUUUAAAUCCAUUGGCGCUACGAUGGGUCGCCUCGAGCUACCUGCUUGUGACGGCUAUGAAUUCAACAGUGAUGAAUAUUUGAGAUGCAUCGUUGUGAACAUGGCUAGUACUAUUUACCACCCAGUGUCUACUGCAAAGAUGGGUCGAGAUAUUAGUAGUUCAGUAGUUAAUAGUAGGUUGAAAGUCCAUGGUAUAAACAAACUUCGUAUUGUCGAUGCUAGUGUGAUGCCUUCUAUUACUAGCGGGAAUAUUAAUGCACCCACCGUCAUGGUAGCCGAGAGAGCAGCGGAUUUAAUAAAAGAGGAUUAUAAUAAACUUGAUAAUAAACCAAAUACUAGUUGA